AUGCCAAGCACGAGCCUUCCAGCAGACAAGAAAGACACGUCCUCUGCGCGUCGGCUUAGCCUUCCACGACGAUCGACCCCCGAAUCGAAAAGGUCGCCUACCAAAGAACCCACGUUAGCUUUGCCAAGUCCUCGUCAUGGACUGACCCUCGACUCCCCUACGUCUGGAGGAAAUGCGCGCGUCGCAAUGUCGAAUGCGUCCAAGGAGCAGUCUCAACAGUCUCUGACUGACCGCUCCGCAGCGCAACUCAAUCGUUCUGCCGCAACCGUUGCGAUUUCUGGUGUUGUUAGUUCAGAUACUAACCAAAGGCGCAUUGAGAGCGCGUCUCACGUCAACGAUGACGUUACAGGAGGGACAGGCGACCAGGAAGAAAAAAGCAAAAAUGACGAGAGUGCGGGGACCAACAACACGCCGCCUCCCCUUUCCGAAUCCCAGAUACAGCUAAAUAGGUACCGAGAGCGAUUGGCACGCGACUUGGAGCGUCGCGAGAUGGCGACCAGAGGCCUCAUGGCAACGCCUCCCGAGAAGGUCCGCGUGUCUCCAAUACUAGAGGAGAGCGGCAACUCACCUCAGACGACCCACGCUUCGGUCCCCCCAAUGGCAACGACAUCAUCCGGCCUGACAACGACGUCCACCGAGUCGGGCAACACCAUUCGCGGUGGAAUAACGCCCGGUUUUAUGGCGGGCACUCCAUCCUACCCUUUUCCACGGAUGGCUACGCCCAGAUAUGGACCCACGUCACUGAGCCAACCGUUCGGGAACAUGUCACCCACCGCCGCCGCCUUCAUGUCGCAAACCAUGUCGUUCGAGGGCUUCGGGGCCGCCCAAGACAAGGUACUCUCCGGCUCGUCAACUCCCGCUUCAGCGCUUACUUUUCUUCCUGCUGGGGCCACCGGUCAAUUGGAUGGCGAUUUUCCCAGCCCUAACUUGUAUGACUUAUCACUAAUGCUCAGCGCCGAGCCGGGACUGGAUGCGUGGUGGAACACAGUGGUUCAAAUCAUGAGAGACGUGUAUAAGGCCGAAAGAGUGACACUUGCAGUGCCGGCUGAUUCAACUGACAUUGAGAAUGUGCCGUGGGGUCAGAAGGCAACUUACAACGAACACCAGGAGGAUGACCUAAGUCUUGGUUACAUGGCUCGGGGUAGCAGCCUCAUCCCAAGCAGUGCAGGUGAUGUUGGUGCUGAGGAAACCUCACUACCUGAGGACACCCACCGGCCUAGAUUGCUUCCACGUCCUAGCCUCCAAACCCGGCAUUCCUUCACCACGUAUGAGGACAACAGAGAACGAAAAGUAGCCAGCGAAAGGCUCUUGCCGUCGCGCCGCCCGACUCAGCUUGGCAGGAGUAAGAGCUACUUCCCACCUGGUCAGGCUUCGGAAGAGGAAGGCCAUGAGCCACCGUGCCCGCCGUUAAACAAGUCAGCAUUGGCUGAGCAUGAUGCUGAAGAGCAAAAUGUACCGAGCUGGGAAGUUCCUCUCGUUGCAAACCCCGACAUUGAAGGUCGGGUACUCCCUGUACUACAGGCGUUGGAUUACGAAGCCGAUCCUCUUAUCGACCACAGUGGUGUGAUGCGUGUUCUUGAACGUGGCAAAGUAAUUGCGUUGACAAGAAGUUACCCAUACCUACAAAACUUACCAGAAGAGCCGGCUAGCAAGUCUAAAACGGCAAGCAAACCGAGCUCGACAGAAACGGCGAAGAAGAAGUUGAAAAAAUCAAGGGUUGAGUCUAGCUCCAAACUGUCGACUAUCCUUGGAGGAUCGAAUCCUCCUCGGAGCUUAGACAGGCCUAAGCCUUCCAGUAUGAUCUCGCGACUUGACGAUGACGAGCCACGACCACCGACACCCAAGUACGAAGAGUUCGAGCAAGCUCCGCCUUCGCCAUGGUCUCAGUCCCCUGCCCCGUCCCCGGCUGUCCGAGCCGACCCCACAGAGAAUCCCUUUUUCACGGAUGCCAUGGUUGACGAAGACUCCUUUAACCCUGGGUCCGCCCCUGCUGACUAUGCUGGAAUGCGACCACCGGAGGCCAUCGGUGUCGACAACUCGUGGACCGUCCUCCAUAUCCCAUUGACUCAUUUGCUCCUGUCAAAGCCCGUUCACCCUUUUAAACUUGACACUACAAUAUUGGAGCAGAAGACUCACAAUCGCAACAAGAGUGAAGCUCAAGAGCCUUCAGCUGAAAAUGAUGGAUCUGGUUCAUCGUGGCAGCGGAAGGAUAAGCCGGCGCCCAUCGCUAUCCUCUCGAUACUAAGCCCCAUCAUUCCUUACCCCUCAAAUCUUCGCCAUUCAUUGGAAUAUCUCGCCCCGCACCUGGCAACCUCUUUCUCUCUCUGCCGUCACUACACGAACCUGGAGACAGAGCUUGCUGGACUUAAUCGCCGUAGACCUCAAACUGCUGGGUUUGGCGCCAUUGCAGCUGAUGGACGCCCCCUGGCCGACCCUGCUAGUAUCGGCAACCUAAGCUACAUUCCGUCUGAUGAUGUAGCUGCUCAACGUUCGCUGGCAGGCAGCAUCACAAGCCCGAGUGAUUAUUCUGGCGUUUCCAAGAGUGCCACUGGUUCCCCAAUCGGCACACCCAGUUGGGAUCAGAGCUCUUUACAGCAGAUUUUGGACAAGAGAGGCCCAGUGUCCAGCCCAGCCCAGACUGGAGGUGACAGUUACUUCAGUACCAAGCAAAAGACGGCUUCAUCAAAAGCAGAGGCUUCUGUGCCAAGUUCUCAGAAGAUAAGACGCAGUUCAAAGGAAAACUCCCCUGCUGAGAAGAGACAAGCCCGUCUUUCUGUUGGAUAUAGAACCCCAGCACCGGAGCCUUCUCCAACUCCUGGGCCAGAGGAAAGUGAUGAACUUGUAGAGAGGGCCGCAGACAGCCGAGUCUCGACGCCAGGUGGUGUCAAGCGAGUACUCUCCAACGAGCUCAAGAACUAUCUCGAUGAGAUCGCAGUGCUCGAACCUCGAAUGAAACCCGUCGAGCACAAGGGCUCAGAUUAUAACCACCAUACACUCCUGCACUCAUACGGCGCUGACUUCGCCACGAGCUUUCAGUCGCUGCCGCCGAGUUCAAGUGUCGUCAGCAAGCCGGUGCCCUAUACAGCAUCAUCUAGAGCUGGCUCCAUUGCCGUCGGCCCAGUCGACAUGCCACCCCCUUCCGACCGCUUAAAGGGACUCAUUCUCGACUCACUUCCUGCACAUGUCUUCGUCUCUCUGCCUCAGACUGGGGAGAUAGUCUGGGUCAACAGUCGCUACUUGACGUACCGUGGGCAGACAGUGGCCGACCUUGCCGCUGACCCAUGGGGCAGUAUCCACCCCGAUGACAGGGACGAGUAUCUUAAGGCAUGGAGCCACUCUCUGCGGACAGGCGAGCAGUUCUCGAGAACAGUUCGUAUAAAGCGAUUCGAUGGAGCCUAUCGAUGGUUUUACGCCCGCGCUGUCGCAUCUCGUGAUAAACGAGGGGUCAUGAUGCAAUUCCUCGGUUCGUACAUGGACAUCCAUGAUCAGCAUAUAGCAGAGCUCAAAGCUGCCCGACAAGAGGAAAUUGAGGCAUCCGAGGCGAAGCACAGACUACUGGCCAACCUUAUCCCUCAAAUUAUAUUCACCGCUACCGAAGAUGAAGGCAUCACUUUUGCCAACGAACAAUGGUUGUCCUAUACUGGUCAGAGCUUCGAGGAUUCACUCGGCCUUGGAUUUAUGGACUUUGUACAUCCCGAUGAUCUGGCAAAAUGUCACAUACCUACAGACAGACCGCCAACUCCUCUACCUGCCAGAUUUGAUCGAAAGGCACACAUGGAUUCUUCAUUGUUCGAGGCUGCCGCGACCAACACGGCUCAGUCAAAGGCUCAGAGUCUUCUAGAAACCAACCUAAGGGGCAUACAUCAAGCUCUAUCACGAAAUAACAGUUCAAGCAGCAGCUCAGUCUACGAGAUGCCCACGGCGGACCUUACGGAGUUGGCAAGGAAGGGCAUCAUCAAAGUUACUACCGAUAGCAACGGUCGACUUUCCUACACGACGGAAGUCCGCUUAAGGUCUAAGAACGGUGAAUAUAGGUGGCACUUGAUCCGGUGCGUUGAGAUUGACAACAUCGACUUCGGUAACGGAGCCAGUUCAUACUUCGGCUCUGCAACGGAUAUCAAUGACCACAAGCUAUUGGAAGCGAAGUUGAAAGAAGCCAUGGAGUCGAAGAGCAGGUUCCUGAGUAACAUGUCUCAUGAGAUUCGAACACCACUCAUCGGCAUUUCUGGCAUGGUCAGUUUCCUGCAAGACACUACGUUGAACGAAGAGCAGCGUGACUACACGAACACUAUCCAAACAAGCGCCAACAGUCUUCUCAUGAUCAUCAACGACAUCCUCGACUUGUCUAAGGUUGAUGCGGGCAUGAUGAAAUUAAAGUAUGAAUGGUUCCACACGCGCUCUCUGAUCGAAGACGUCAAUGAGCUGGUGUCCACUAUGGCGAUCGCCAAGAGACUUGAGUUGAACUAUAUUGUGGAAGAGGAUGUACCUGCCUGGGUCAAGGGCGACAGAGUUCGAAUCCGUCAAGUCCUCCUUAAUGUCAUCGGCAACGCGAUCAAGUUUACCGCCGAGGGUGAGGUAUUCAGCCGUUGUAGGAUUUUCACUGCUGAUAAAUCUGCAACUGAUCAACACGAGAUCAUGCUCGAGUUUGCCGUCAUUGACACUGGCCGCGGUUUCACAAAGGAAGAGGCUGACCUGAUCUUCAAGCCAUUCAGUCAGAUUGACGGAAGCAGCACUAGGCAACAUGGAGGAAGCGGCCUUGGCUUAGUGAUUUCAAGGCAGUUGGUAGAGCUUCAUGGAGGCAAGAUGGAGGGUACCGCAGUUCCUGGCAAAGGCUCAACCUUCACUUUCACUGCAAAGUUUGCUCUACCAACCCAGUCCGACCAUCCCGAUCUCCCUAUCAGCCCAAAGGCCCUUCAGCCCAACCUUCCAUCUCCUGAGGAGGUUGCGGUGCUUCGGCCCGGUGGAAAAACUCAACAAUUAACAAAGGCUGUAUCAACAACGAGCCCCAGCACUGAUCCUGAGUUUGUUUCGCCUGCUCUGGCUUCUAGCGGCAGUUCAGAUCCUUCGGUACACUCCAGUGUUUCCCAUGUCACUGAGCGUACCUCGGUCUCCUCGGUAAAUGUUGGUCUUGUCCACUUUAGCGAAGCCGCCAGAGCUAGCGGUCAGGACUUGUCACAGAUGAAGCUGGAGCUACCUUCCAGCGAGUCAUCUCCCGACACGACUCCCACACCGGAGGCGUCCAAACCUGGACAAGUUGAGGAUUUCAGGCCUCCGAUGUACUCGAUUCUAAUUAUUUGCCCGCAAACUCACAGUCGCGAGGCCACUGCGCAACAUAUCGAGAUGACAUUACCAAAGGACGUGCCUCAUCAAAUUACAGCUCUUGAUUCAGUUGAUAAAGCACAAAGAUUGCUAGGAGGAGACGAUUCUGUCAACUUCACCCAUAUCGUACUGAAUCUUCCUUCGCCCGAGGAAAUUAUCGGCUUAAUGGAACGUAUAACCAAAUCAGCGACGAUCAGCAAUACUACAAUUCUUAUUCUCACCGAUUCGGUUCAGCGGCAGGCUGUAUUGAAAUUGGCCACCGACACAAAAUACGAGCAACUAGUUUCUGACAACCUGGUCACGUUCAUCUACAAGCCGGUCAAGCCGUCGAGGUUUGCCGUCAUCUUCGAUCCCGAGAAGGUUCGCGACCUGAGCAUAGAUCGGAAUCGCUCUACAGCCCAGAGGAUGGUGGAAACUCAAAAGGCCAGCUACCAAGAAAUCGAAAAGCGCAUGGGCAAUAAAGGGUAUAAGGUACUUUUGGUUGAAGACAAUCCGGUCAACCAAAAGGUUCUGAAAAAGUACUUGAAGAAGGUUGGCGUGGAGGUUGAGGUGGCGACAGACGGCGCUGAGUGCACUGAUAUGGUCUUCUCCCGCUCUCACAGCUACUACUCCCUGAUACUGUGCGACUUGCAUAUGCCGCGCAAGGACGGUUAUCAAGCCUGCCGUGAAAUUCGACAAUGGGAGAAGGAAAACGGGUUCAAAAAGAUGCCAAUCAUUGCACUUUCCGCCAACGUCAUGUCUGAUGUUCAGGACAAGUGUAUCUCAGCCGGAUUCAGUGACUACGUUACGAAACCCGUUGAUUUCAUCGACCUCAGCAGGGCUAUGUCCAAGUUCUUCUGA